AUGGCGACGUUCAACUAUAUUGCGAGGUUCAUCUUUAGAUGGACGUGUGGAUCAUGUCAGAUCUCGCAGAAGAUGCUCGAGAAUGAUUUCAGGAGCCCUUCAUGCGGAAUACGAAAACGAGGAAAUAAGGAGAGCUCAAGCAGUACGGGAUGGCUGAGGUUGGCUGUCUACCUCCAACAUCACGACAUCUCAGUGUUCACCGAACCCGACGAUUUAUUCGUGCGUCCGCAACAGCGGAAUGUGAGUGCAAAUCAUGGUCACGGUUCCGUCCUCAAGAACCAACAGAAAAGCAACGAGAAACCUGCUACUAAGGAGGCAGUGGUGAACCUCAAACUCUCAGAACGACCUCCGAGGACGAAGUUCACAGGAUCUCAAGUGCAACCUUCGGAGAAGCAAGAAACGUGGGCCAGUGUUGCGUCUCGGAAUUCACCCAGAACAGCAAAUUCUAAGGCACAACUAUUAGAUUGUCACGAAGAAGAUGGACAAGUGGGUAGGCGAUGGUUCCGAUGUCCUCUGGACGAAGGGGGUGUUACGUGGGAUAUAAAAUCGGUGAGUAAUGAAAUAUCUAGGGCACAAAAAAAACGAGUUGAGCCCUCGGGUUCUACGCCCGAGGGUAAGGAAAAACCAGUAGGUAGAUUCAUAGAGGCCGGAGCUACUAGAGUUUGGUACACCAACACUAGUAGUAUCAAAGACUGGGAUCUGGGUACCAUGAUCGAUGGGUCGAAGGGAUCUGAAAUUGUCGAAUGGAUUUCGGAGAAUGCGUUCACGCAACACAUCACGAGCCCCACAAGGUUCAGGGAAGGAAAUAGACCAUCCUUACUAGAUCUUGUGAUUACAAGGUAUCGCACAGAUAUCGAUUGCUCGGAGCUCAGCGUUCCGUUGGGGAAGAGUGACCACGUGGUGAUUCAAGUGGAUAUUGUUAGUAAGAAACUUAAGCCUGAAGAAAAAUGGAGCAGAGCAUAUGAUAAAAUCAAUGCGGAGGAAUUGCGAGAUGCUGCAUCCCAAAUCACCUGGAUUCCUGACUCACCGGAUGCAGAUGUCGAACGAGAUGGCUUGUUAAAGGGAUCAUAUAAAUCAUGGUGUGUGUACAAGUUGCUGAGGAAUGAAGCACAAACGAUCCAGCGACAGGCGAAGUACACGUACGAGAAGAGAAUUGCCAACGUGGCGAAAACUAACCCCAAACGUUACUUUGCAUACGUUCAAGCGAAUAAGAAGGUGAGAGAGACAGUAGGUACUCUUGAGGACGAUCAAGGCAAUAUUGUUGCCAACGAUUCCGAUAAAGCACAAUUACUUAAAACGUUCUUCCAAAGCGUGUAUCAAGCCCCGAGUCAACUUCCUGGUGUUGUUGCGGGACUGGACCAUAGCUCGAAACCGAUGCUCAAUGACUUCAUAAUCGAUCGUACCCAAGUGGAAGACGAGCUCUUGAAGCUGAAAGUGAAUAAAUCGGCUGGACCCGAUGGGAUCCAUCCAGCAAUCCUGAAACCACUAGCAUCCGUACUAGCGGAUCCUCUCUCACAGCUGUUCAAAGAGUCGAUACGUACAUCGACCUUACCGAAAGAUUGGUUGAGAGCAACGGUAGUUGCCCUUCACAAGGGUGGUUCUAAGAAACAGACGAACAACUAUCGUCCCUGCACAACAUGGUUUCGUAAAAGGGAAGUCAUGUCUCACUACCUUCUUUCCUUCCUGGACGAAGUGACAUUGAGAAUCGAUGAAGGGAGACCUGUCGAAGUUUGUUAUGUAGAUUUCAGGAAGGCAUUCGAUUCGGUGGACCAUGGAUUCCUGAUCCACAAACUCGUUUCCUUCGGUAUAGGUGGUAGAGCUAUAGAGUGGUUGACUGCUUUCCUACACGACCGCUCGUUCCGGGUUAAGGUAGGUAAUUUUGUAUCUAGUGAAGGUCAGGUGCUUAGCGGUGUUCCGCAGGGCUCUGUUUUGGGACCCAUGCUAUUCUUGAUGUUCAUCAACGAUUUAGCAGAGAGAUUGAACAACCCAUGUUUCAUGUUUGCCGAUGACAUCAAGGUAGCAGGUUGGGAUCUGGAACGGGAUCUUGAAGUGCUGGUCAUACUAUUGGAAGGAGUCAACGAGGUGAGAGAUUUGGGCGUUAUGGUCACUAAGGAUUUCAAGCCCUCUAGACAGUGCCAGAAUUCGGCGAAGAAGGCAAGGGGAGAACUCUUCAGGCUUCACUCGACGAUGUCGUGCAAAGAGCCAGAGGUUUUCCUGCCACUAUAUAAGGCCAUAGUGAGACCGCAUUUGGAGUACUGUAUCCAAGCCUGGUCUCCAUAUCUGAAAAAAGAUAUCAUCCUAUUAGAAAAAGUUCAGCGGCUAGCUACCAGGAUGAUAACCGGAUAUAAGCAUCUAGCUUAUGAGGACCGUUUGAAAAAACUCAAUCUGUUCUCACUCGCCAGAAGAAGAUGUAGGGGGGAUCUAAUAGAGGUCUUCAAAAUGGCAAAGGGGAUCUCAGGUCUGAAAUUUGAGGACUUUUUCGAGCCCCUCACAGGACUAAGUACACGAGGACAUUGCCUGAAACUCAGGAGGCAGUUCUCAAGGUUGAAUAUAAGGAAGGAGUUUUUCAGUAACAGAGUGGUACCAUUGUGGAAUAAACUUCCUGAAGAGCUAGUGACUUGUGGGACUGUUGAAUCCUUCAAGAGGUCCUUGGAUGCUCGUUGGAAUUCAAUCUUCCCGGAGUUGCUGUAG